AUGGAAGUACGCUAUUCUCCGGAUAACCGUGAUGUGAAAGAAAGUAAGGACACGGUGAUACUUGGAGAAGAUCCCGACGACGCCGACGAAGAAUCGGACCAAGUGCCGAUUCGCAUUCUAUCUGAUUUCUGCGUUUUCGACCGCAAUGACGACUAUGGGAUACGCUCCAUGGACGACGUACAGACACGUAGGCUUGAAGCUGCGGGGUACGUCGCACCGCUUGUCAUGGAGGAGGAAGAUGCCGGCCAGGAGGACGAUAUCGAGGAUGAAGAUCCGCAGCGUAUACAUACCACCACGAUACAGCGGUAUACGUUUGAUUAUGAAAGCAUCGAAGAGCAACUAAAAGUGUUAUUCCACAGUCCCAUGUACAUCUUGACACAGUCCGCCUGGUAUCAAUUGCGGAGACCAUCGAAGAUAUACUCGAGAUGCUUUUAUGAUUUUUAUAGGCCCCAUCGUGUGGCGCAGACCGUGUUAUCAGCAGUCAAGGAGAACCCGACGAUUACAUGGAAGGAAUACAGCGAGUUGCACGUAGAUGUCAGAGAUCCAUUACUCGAGACGCGAAUUACCAAGCACCAUGUCUAUAACGCGAUACCGCUUAUUGUAUCAUUGCUCCGGGAUCUUCCCCAGUCGGACGAACCACAAACAUCUCAGCUCAUUCGUCACCUGCUGUCCGAACAGACCGACUUGCCUCCCCGCCUUAUCGUGCCCAGUGCAGCUCCGGCAUUACCUUCCCUCCGAAAUAGGUCAUUGCUCACUGGCAAUAUCGACCUAGCUAUCCUACGCCCCGAGAACCAGAGUCACAUCCAUGUCACUCCACUGAUUGAUCAGCUUGCGUAUGGUCUGUUCCAGGAACAUCUACAGGUUGUCGGUGCAAAGCCACCGAAUAAGCGAAAUUAUCGGCAGGCGGCUGCUGCUUCUCGGGCCUGGCUCAUCGAGCUGCUCUUUCAAUGGCGCGACCGCGACUUCGGGCAGAGAAAACCGCAGGUCUGGUUCUCUGGUGAGGCGCGCAUUCAACAGGAAUAUUGGAGGAGUAUAGAGAUCGAUGCAAGAGUGUAUUCGGUAGGGGAUAUCAUCUUGGCUCCUGCAGGCCCAGACGACCAGAGACACGAGCCAGCAGCGAAAUUUCCGAAUGAUCCUAACAGCAUUGCCGCUGAUGCGUCGAUCGCUGACUACUUCUGGUUUGGACAUAUACUGUGGAUCAAUCAGAAGAGCAAGCAGAUCCACGUACAAUGGUUCGAUCAUUCAUCUCAGAGCUGUCUGGAGGAAAUAGGCGAUCCCCAGGAACUGUUUCUUACCGAUACAUGUGGUACGAUUGACGUAAGCCGUGUUGUUUGCAAAGCGACUGUCCACUGGAAAAAGCAAGCGGCAGAUUCAGCCCGUCCUUCGGAGUUUUACUGCAGUUACCUCUAUUAUGAAAUCGGUGCAUCAUUCACGGAGAUCCAAGAUGACUAUUUCGACAUUUCACGAGAUCUGAGUCCACCUGACAACUGCCCUGUCUGUCUCAAGCAAGAGCAGCAAGAACGAGACGAAUAUUUGUGCACGAGACAAGGUUUCAAGCUGCGUGGCGUGAAUUACCACGUGUACGACUUCGUCUUACUUCAGUCAGUGAAUGGUCCGGCGGACGUUGCACAGCUUCUAAAUGUACCAUCGCUGAAACGGUCUCGGACUGUAAAAGAAGACACGGUGCGCGUGCGGUCCCUUGGCCGCAUUAGUGAUAUCUUUGCCAUCUGUCCCGCGAACAUGAUCAAGGAUGAGCGUCACUUUUUCUUCACUGAAAUUGAAGAGAUUGUUUCCGUUGCACGCAUAGUUCGGAAAUGCUUCGUGGUACAUCGAGAUGCUCCAUUGGACCGCAAUGAAUGGCUUUCGCUGUCACCGUACCAUUUUUACGUCCAUUAUUGCUUUCGAGGUAUCGAUCCUACUGAAUGGAGUGAAAAACAUCCUUUGCAAUGCUCCGACUUCCCGGUAUGCCGGCCGUGCUUUGAAGAGGACAAAAACCGUGAUGACUCGGUGAAGAAGUACCUGAUCAGCUGUCAGAAAAAUCCACUCAAAGCUUUCGACCCAUUCGGCGGUGUCGGCGCAUUCGGCCUCGGAAUGGAAGAAGCAGGCUGCAUCAAAAUGGUGCAUGCCAUCGAAAUCUCACCGAGCGCUGCGAAGACCCUGAAAAAACACUCUCCUGAGACCAUCGUGCAUAAUCAGGAUGCGAACGUGGUGCUACAAUAUGCCAUUAAGAAACAUGCAGGGCACAAUUCAAAGCCGCCGAAGGAAAUUGAGCAACCUGCGCAGUCGCUACCUGACCCACCAAAGCCUGGUGAUAUCGACUGCAUAGUGGCGGGGUUUCCUUGUCAACCGCAUUCGCGAUUGAAUAUGUUCCAAAAAGCAAAUGAUCGAAAGAGUCAUAUGUUCCUGAACCUUCUCUCGUGGAUAGAUUUCUUGAAGCCGAAAUACUGUUUCGUCGAAAACGUUAGUGGCUUUCUCAGCUACAAGUUGAAUGCGACGCAAGCGGGAAGAUACAGGGUAGAAGGCGGGAUCGAGAUGGGAGGCCUCAAGUUUUUGGUCAGAGCUCUGCUUGCAAUGAGUUACCAGGUCCGGUUUGGUUUAUUACAAGCAGCGCAUUAUGGUACUCCGCAAUCUAGGAUCCGCUUCAUACUGAUUGCAGCUCGUCAAGGAUCCCUCCUACCCGAACUCCCGCAACCAACGCACGACUUCCCAUUAAAGAACGAGCUGUCGAUCAAGUUCCCAAACGCUGGCACUGCAAAGCCCAUUCGGACAGCAAAUGGUGUUGCGCCAUUCCGUUUCGUAACCAUCGACGACGCCAUUUCAGAUCUUCCCCGGUUCCACUGGAGGGACCCACAUAAGUUGAUUGCUCCUCGCCAUGGCCAUAGAACAGGAGAAACACCUGCACCUGAAGAGCAGGAUCUUGAACUGCCGUGUGACCACAGAAGUAGAGUCUGUGGCCUUCAAGGAGUUGUGAAGUAUCAGCAUCCACCGCGCACCAAUUUCCAGGCAAAAUGUAGAGCGAAGCCUACCCGAGAUCUACAGCAUUUUACGAGAAUAUGGAAGGAGGCGACUGUAGAAAGAGUUGUGAAUAUUCCGUUGAAAGCAAGGGCAGACUACAGGGAUUUGCCCGUGGAACUUCACGAAUGGCAGGCAGCACAUCCCUCAUCUGCAACGGCGCGAGACGGUUUUCGGCCUGGCCUGUACGGUCGUCUCGAUAAGGACGAAUGGUUUCAUACCACGGUGACCAAUGUAGAACCAACCGCAAAGCAGUCCUGGGUUCUUAACCCCUAUUGCAGGAGGAUGCUCACUGUCCGUGAGCUCGCACGCUCCCAAGGGUUCCCGGACAGUUUCGUAUUCUAUUCGCUGUAUGACGAUAUCAAGACGAUGCACCGUCAGAUCGGUAAUGCGGUGCCUUGGCAGCUCGGAGCUGCGUUAGGGCUUGAGCUCAGAGAAGUAGCUUGGACAAAGUGGAAGGCUGAUUUACAUGAUGCGAUCGUGGUUGACUAGACUGCAUUUAGAGCGAAAAAUCUGUGUCGCCGACUCAAUAGUAUGAGAAUCAUUGAUAGGUACAAUUGUACAUUAGGAAGCAGACGAAACAGCUAUUCUUGUUGCAAACUUCAUCCAAUGCCCUCCACACACGCAGCUGUGCAUCCAUCUUCUCUCCCAGAUCUUCCAUCGACGAGAAGUAUCUGCAGUGUCCUGGAGACCUAUUUCAGUGGUUCCGCCGCAUCGAACACACGACGCCGCAAUCCGCCCGUUGGAUAAAAACUCUUUCGUGACGACAUCCAUGAGCUUAGUCUGAGUAUGUCGCCCCAUCACAUCGGCCCCGGCCAAUCCGUCGACUAAGUCGGCUGGUCUCACAAAUAAAUGACGGCGAUCGACGGUUUUCGAGUUAACC